CUCGAGCCAGUUUUGGCAAAGUUUCAAGAUCAAUUCAUUUGUUCUCAACUAAUUUUUCCCCUUUUGAAAAUUGUUCUUAGCCAAUUUUAAAUAACUUAUUAAAAUCAUUAAAAAAAGAUCCAAAUCUAGUUAUUAAUCAUAAUCACCACCCCUAAAAAUUCCUAAUUCCAACGAAAACCAAGACCUUCCCCAGAAGAACUUUCGCAGGUGUCAUUUAUACUUCCACUGUCUCUAACCCCAUAGAAGAAGAUCCAAAAAUGUCUGAAAUUCUCCAAUCUCAGUCGCAGAUCGAAACCCUAGAAUGCCGAUGAAGCUCGUUCUAGCGACAAUCCUUCCUCGGAGAUGGCGAAGCAGCACUCCUCCUCCUCCUCCGUCGGGUGGGUCGCGUCGCAGAAGAGGUGGCUCCUCGCGUUCCUCGUCAUGCUUUCUGCCUCCACCUUGAUCGCCUUCUUCAUCAGAGCCGCCUUCGACACUUGCGAUCGGAGCCUCGACGUCGUCGACAAGAGGCCGCCGACCAGAGUCCCCUCCGCCGUCGGCUCCAUAGUCGGAGCCGCUCCAAACCCGCUCGGCUUCAUGAAAUCCAAGCCGGUCCUGUUGGUCUCGCACGAGCUCUCUCUUUCCGGAGGACCGUUGUUGUUAAUGGAGCUUGCAUUUCUGUUGAGAAGUGUUGGUGCGAAAGUUUCUUGGAUUACAAUCCAAAAGCCAGUGGAUACAGACGAGGUUAUAUACAGUUUGGAGCACAAGAUGUUGACGCGAGGAGUUCAGGUAUUAUCUGCAAGAGGUCAAGAAGCUGUGGAUGCUGCUCUGAAGGCUGACUUGGUUGUUUUAAACACUGCGGUUUCUGGGAAAUGGCUGGAUGUAAUUCUUAAGGAUCAUGUUCCUCGUGUUCUCCCAAAAGUUCUGUGGUGGAUCCAUGAAAUGCGAGGGCAUUAUUUUAAGUUGGAUUAUGUCAAGCAUUUGCCUUUUGUUGCUGGUGCUAUGAUUGAUUCACAUGUAACAGCUGAAUAUUGGAAGAAUAGGACUCGAGGACGUUUAAGGAUCAAAAUGCCUCAGACCUAUGUUGUUCACCUAGGAAACAGCAAGGAACUAAUGGAAGUUGCUGAAGAUAGUGUAGCGAAACGAGUUUUGCGAGAGCACGUCCGGGAAUCUCUUGGAGUACGAAGUGAAGAUAUACUCUUUGCCAUCAUAAAUAGUGUUUCUCGUGGAAAAGGCCAGGAUCUAUUUCUGCGUUCCUUCUACGAGAGUUUGCAAAUAAUUCAAGAGAAGAAACUGCAAGUGCCAACAUUGCAUGCUGUUAUUGUGGGAAGUGACAUGACUGCUCAGACCAAGUUUGAAAUGGAACUUCGCAACUAUGUGAUGCAGAAGAAAAUUCAAGACCGUGUUCAUUUUGUGAACAAAACUUUGACAGUUGCUCCUUAUUUAGCGGCAAUUGAUGUUCUUGUUCAGAAUUCCCAGGCCCGUGGUGAAUGCUUUGGGAGGAUAACUAUUGAAGCUAUGGCAUUUCAGCUGCCUGUACUGGGAACAGCAGCAGGAGGUACCACAGAGAUUGUAGUCAAUGGAACAACAGGCUUUUUGCAUCCUGCCGGGAAAGAAGGGGUUACUGCUCUUGCGAAAAACAUCGUCAAGCUUGCAACUCAUGUUGAGAGGAGACUUACAAUGGGGAAGAGAGGCUACGAAAGGGUGAAAGAGAGGUUCUUAGAACACCACAUGGCAGAUAGAAUAGCCACCGUCCUGAAGGAAGUCCUGCGCAGGUCAAAGAGCCACUCAGUCUCUUAAUGAAGCUGUCUAUUCAUGGCUAAUGUGAUAAGUUUCAACCUUAGAUGCACCGAUAACUUGAUGGAGAAGGCGACUUUUCCAUUAUGGCGGCAGAUUUCCUCCCAAGUUGGCUACUUCUCUGUACUGAAAGGGUUGUACAUCAUGUACAUACUAAAUAGAAAAUGAUAGUAGCCUGUUGAUAGAGUUGAUGUAACCAUACAAAUUACUCAAAAUUUUUGCUGGCAUAGCGUGGGCUAAUUGGACAUCGUAGUGCUCGCUUGCUCGGUCUUUUCAGUAUUUAGAAAUCUAGAAUUACAAGUAAUCUCUACCCUA